UUGUAACUGGAUGGAGGUUUAACUCGAAGGGGCUUGUUUGAGCUGCUGCGGCGGAAUAAGACCACAAGACAUCACCAACUACAACAAACAAACCAUCAAAAAACAGGAUGUAAUGUGAACAAACCGCAGAGCAGGAUGUCAAGAAGAACAAAAGAGACUUGUUGUUGUUAUUCGACUCUCAGCGGACUGAACUAACCAGUGGCUAAACCGGCUAACGUUAGCUGAGUUAACGCUAGCUACAUUACGGACAGGCUUUAUGAAGUGGACUCCCCUGCCUGUUUACAGUUUCAAGCAUCCUUGCUUGUUUGUCCGCUGAGCGCAUCUCAUUGACGUUUACUCGCCAUGGCAGCAGUGGUUAGCUACUCUCCACCAUGGUGGGUGAACCUGCUACACAGACUGCCCCAUUUCAACCUCAAGUUCGAGCAAACUAGCAGUGAUUUCCAACCAGAGGACUGGACAUAUCAACAGUCCAUCCUGUUAUUGGGAGGUGUGGCGCUCGCCUGUCUGGCCCUGGACCUCCUAUUUCUGCUCUUCUACUCCAUCUGGCUGUGCUGCCGGCGAACCAAAAAUGUGGAGCAGCCCAACGCUGACUGCUGCUGCACGGCCUGGUGUGUCAUCAUAGCAACACUUGUCUGCAGCGCUGGCAUUGCUGUCGGUUUCUAUGGGAACGGCGAGACUUGUGAUGGAGUGAAUCGGCUGACGUAUUCCCUGCGCCAUGCAAACCGUACAAUCACGGGAGUGCAGAAGCUGGUAUAUGACAGUACAUCCUCACUGAACCAGACAGUAGACGACAAUCUGCAACAGCUUGAGGGCCAGUAUGCACAGCAUGCGGACUACCUGUCCAUCAUCCAAAAGCUGCAGGGCCAGCUGGACGAGCUGGUCAGGCAGAUGGUGGAGAUUCCCUUCUGGGACAGCACCAACAUCUCCCUGGAAGAGCUGGCCGUCACGAUUGAGCUGUAUGACUGGUACAGGUGGCUGGGCUACAUAGGCCUGCUACUGUUCGAUGUCCUCAUCUGCCUUCUGGUGCUGUUCGGCCUCAUUCGCAAUUCCAAGGGAACACUUAUAGGGGUGUGCUUGUUUGGUGUAGUGGCUCUGGUUAUCAGCUGGGUCUCCCUGGGGCUGGAGUUGGCCAUCUCCACGACCUCCAGUGAUUUCUGUGUUGCUCCUGACACGUAUGUCACAAAAGUGGCAGCCCAGUAUGGAGUCAUCAAUCAAGAAAUCCUGCGGUACUACCUUAGUUGCAGUGUGGAACAAACCAACCCCUUCCAGCAGAAGCUUUCCGGGAGCCACAAAGCAUUAGUGGAGAUGCAGGAUGAUGUGUCCGAGCUGCUCCGCUCUGCCACCAGAGAGUAUAAACAAACCAAGGGAAGUUUGGAGGAGAUCCAGGGGAUACUGAACACCACAGAGAUCAGCCUACAUCAGCUCACUGCGCUGGUGGACUGUCGCAGCCUGCACAUGGACUACGUCCAGGCCAUGACAGGUCUGUGUUACGAUGGACUGGAAGGCCUCAUCUACCUUGUGCUCUUCUCCUUCGUCACUGCUCUCAUGUUCAGCUCAAUUGUUUGCAGCGUGCCUCACACCUGGCGGGGCAAGAGUAACGAGGAGGACAGUGAGGACGAGUCUCUGAGCCAUGGAGGAAGGCAAAACCACGAUAACCUGUAUCGAGUCCACAUGCCCAGCCUGUACAGCUGUGGCAGCAGCUACGGCAGCGAGACCUCCAUCCCUGCUGCCGCCCACACCGUCAGCAACGCACCUGUCACAGAGUACAUGGCUCAGAACGCCAACUUCCAGAACUCUCGCUGUGAAAACACGCCUCUGAUCGGACGAGAGUCUCCUCCCCCCUCGUACACCUCCAGCAUGCGGGCAAAGUAUCUGGCCAACAGCCGACCAGAUCCUAACACCCCUCCGGCGCACUAGACAACACUGGACUCGUCCUGUCUGCAGCACUGACGUCUCUAAAGUCACAUUCAAUCACUCCUCCGGUCAUUCCUCACAAACGUUUUUUUCCACUCAGUCGCUCCACCUCCUGCUUCCCCCACCGCCACCAGUAACUGUCUCACUCGACUUAAAAUGGGAAAACAAAACGUGCUUUUGCUGGUUGGUUGAAGCAAAACUUGACGGCAUCCAUUAAAUCCCAUCUCUUGACUCUCACGCAGAUACUUUUUCUCCAGUUUCAACAAUCCUUGGCUGGUGCUUGGAGUUUAUCUGCAACUCUGAUGUGAUGGAGCCUGGACUGUCUCUUACACUCCAAUUUAAAAAAAAAA